CUGCUUGAAGGGAAGAAAGGGGGCUUCAGCAACUUCAUUCACAAACUGGUGUCCGACCACCAAAUCUUUCAGCAGUAAGUCACAACUUCCUUCAUAUUGUAGUAAUGAUUGUACUCCAUGUUGAUGAUAUAACAUAAUGUAUUAUGUUAUAAUUAACACAGAGACACACAUAGGCCUAACACUGUCCAUGUUGUCUCUGUAAAGCCUGGACACCCAGACCAUCCUGCUGCAGGAGAGCCUGAGAGAGGAGAGAGAAGAGGAGAGAGAAGAGGAGAGAGAAGAGGAGAGAGAAGACAGGGAGGAGAGAGAAGACAGGGAGGCGAGAGAAGACAGGGAGGAGAGAGAAGACAGGGAGGAGAGAGAAGACAGGGAGGAGAGAGAAGACAGGGAGGAGAGAGAAGACAGGGAGGAGAGAGAAGACAGGGAGGAGAGAGAAGAGAGGAGAGCGAGGGGGGAACAUCGGUGAGUAUUUAUAGGCAUACAGCCAGGUGACCUAGGACCCAUCUACAGUAUAUAAUCUCUGUCUGACCCAAAUCUAACCCUGCCCCCCCCCCCCCCCCUCCCCUCCCCCUCCCUUUUCUCUCUAUCAGUGUCUGCCAAGUUUGCUGGAGAAUGAGACUCAGUGAGUACCCAUACUUAUGGCCAGGAGUUUUUCCUCGAGUUGCCCUUAACCAGUGGAAAUCAUCAGACCUGUCACUCAUGCUUCUCUGUUGUCAUGUUUACCAGGGUGAAGCCUUCUGAUUUCCACUACCUGAAGGUCAUCGGCAAAGGAAGCUUUGGGAAGGUGGGAGCAAGUGUGUGUGUGUAUGAGUAGGCCAGUGUGUGUUUUUGUGUUGGUGAUGUAUUUAUCUUGUUGCAGGUGGUGUUAGCGAGACACAGACAGAGUGGAAGUUUCUACGCUGUCAAGGUUCUACAGAAACAGGUCAUAUUGAGGAAGAAAGAGGUAUCUAUCAUUCUGUUCUAUUUCCAUUCCAUUCUGUUCUAUUUCCAUUCCAUUCCAUUCUAUUUCCAUUCCAUUCUGUUCUAUUUCCAUUCCAUUCCAUUCUAUUUCCAUUCCAUUCUGUUCUAUUUCCAUUCCAUUCUGUUCUAUUUCCAUUCCAUUCUAUUUCCAUUCUAUUUCCAUUCCAUUCUGUUCUAUUUCCAUUCCAUUCUGUUCUAUUUCCAUUCCAUUCUAUUCUAUUUCCAUUCCAUUCUGUUCUAUUUCCAUUCCAUUCUGUUCUAUUUCCAUUCCAUUCUGUUCUAUUUCCAUUCCAUUCUGUUCUAUUUCCAUUCCAUUCUGUUCUAUUUCCAUUCCAUUCUGUUUUAAUUCCAUUCCAUUCUGUUCUAUUUCCAUUCCAUUCUGUUCUAUUUCCAUUCCAUUCUGUUCUAUUUCCAUUCCAUUCUGUUCUAUUUCCAUUCCAUUAUGUUCUAUUUCCAUUCCAUUCUGUUCUAUUUCCAUUCCAUUCCGUUCUAUUUCCAUUCCAUUCUGUUCUAUUUCCAUUCCAUUCUUUCUAUCCCUCUGUCUCUCUCUCUCCUUCCAGCAGAGACAUGUGAUGGUAGAGAGGAGUGUGCUGCUGAAGGGACUGCAGCAUCCGUUCCUGGUGGGGCUCCACUUCUCCUUCCAGACCUCUCACACUCUCUACUUCGUACUGGACUACAUCAAUGGAGGAGACUUGUUCUACCAUCUCCAGAGGGAGGGUGCCUUCCCGGAGCCCAGAGCAACAUUCUACUCUGCUGAGAUGGCCUCAGCCCUGGGCUACCUCCACUCCCUCAACAUAGUCUACAGGUGCGCGCACACACACACACACACACUGAGAGAGAGAGCGUUUUUCUCACAGUGAUUUAACUCUCGGUACCCCCCCUUAGAGACCUGAAGCCAGAGAACAUCCUAUUGGACAGUGGAGGACAUGUGGUUGUGACGGAUUUCGGGCUGUGUAAAGAGGGCGUGUCUGUGGGUGGAACUAUGCAAACGUUCUGUGGAACCCCAGAGUAUCUGGCGCCAGAGGUGCUGUUAGGCCACGCCUACAGUGCAGCCGUGGACUGGUGGGGGCUGGGGAGUGUGCUUUAUGAGAUGCUUCAUGGACUGGUGAGGGUGUUUCUCUGUAUGUUUCAGCUACUUUGCAACUAGCAUAUUCCAUCACUGCACACUUAUCUGGCUCCCUCUCUCCUCUCUCCUCUCUCCCUCUCUCCUCUCUCCUCUCUCCUCUCUCCCUCUCUCCUCUCUCCUCUCUCCCCUUCCUCCUCUCUCUCUCUCUCUCUCUCUCUCUCUUCCUCAGCCCCCGUUCUACAGUCACAGUAAGGCUGAGAUGUUUGAGAACAUCCUUCACGCCCCCCUGCAGCUCCGUAGAAGUGUGUCCCAGUCUGCCCGGUCUCUGCUGCAGGGCCUGCUGGAGAAGGACUUUAACAAACGCCUUGGGGGGGAACAUGACCUUGUAAGCACCCUCAUUACCCCACCUGGCACAGAGUGUUGACGCAUACAGUGCAUUUGGAAAGUCUUCAGACCCCUUGACUUUUUCCACAUUUUGUUACGUUACAGCCUUAUUCUAAAAUUGAUUAAAUUGUUUUUUCCCCCUCAUUAAUCUACACACAAUACCCCAUAAUGACAAAGCAAAAACAGGGUUUUUAGAUUUUUUUGCAAAUGUAUUAAAAAUUAAAAAAUGGAAAUAUUACAUUUACAUAAGUAUUCAGACCCUUUCUUCAGUACUUUGUUGAAGCACCUUUGGCAGCGAUUACAGCCUGAAGUCUUCUAGGGUAUGACGCUACAAGCUUGGCACACCUGUAUUUGGGGAGUUUCUCCCAUUCUUCUUUGCAGAUCCUCUCAAGCUCUGUCAGGUUGGAUGGGGAGCGUCGCUGCACAGCUAUUUUCAGGUCUCUCCAGAGAUGUUUGAUUGGGUUCAAGUCCGGGCUCUGGCUGGGCCAUUCAAGGACAUUCAGAGACUUGUCCCGAAGCCACUCCUGCGUUGUCUUGGCAGUGUGCUUAGGGUCGUUGUCCUGUUGGAAGGUAAACCUUCGCCCCAGUCUGAGGUCCUGAGUGCUCUGGAGCAGGUUUUCAUCAAGGAUAUCUCUGUACUUUGCUCCGUUCAUCUUUCCCUCGAUCCUGACUAGUCUCCCAGUCCCUGCCGCUGAAAAACAUCCCCCACAGCAUGAUGCUGCCACCACCAUGCUUCACCGUAGGGAUGGUGCCAGGUUUCUUCCAGACGUGACGCUUGGCAUUCAGGCCAAAGAGUUCAAUCUUGGUUUCAUCAGACCAGAGAAUCUUGUUUCUCAUGGUCUGAGAGUCCUUUAGGUGCCUUUUGGCAAACUCCAAGUGGGCUGUCAUGUGCCUUUUACUGAGGAGUGGCUUCCGUCUGUUCACUCUACCAUAAAGGCCUGAUUGGUGGAGUGCCGCAGAGAUGGUUGUCCUUCUGGAAGGUUCUCCCAUUUCCACAGAGGAACUCUGGAGCGCUGUCAGAGUGACCAUCAGGUUCUUGGUCACCUCCCUGACCAAGGCCCUUCUCCCCCGAUUGCUCUGUUUGGCUGGGAAGAGCUCUUGGAAGAGUCUUGGUGGUUCCAAACGUCUUCCAUUUAAGAAUGAUGGAGGCCACUGUGUUGUUGGGGACCUUCAAUGCUGCAGAACAUUUUUGGUACCCUUCCCCAGAUCUGUGCCUUGACACAAUCCUGUCUCUGAGCUCUAUUGACAAAACCUCAUGGCUUGGUUUUUGCUCUGACAUGCACUGUCAACUGUGGGACCUUUUAUAGACAGGUGUGUGCCUUUCCAAAUCAUGUCCAAUCAAUUGAAUUUACCACAGGUGGACUUCCAAUCAAGUUGUAGAAACAUCUCAAGGAUGAUCAAUGGAAACAGGAUGCACCUGAGCUCAAUUUCGAGUCUCAUAGCAAAGGGUCUGAAUACUUAUGUAAAUAAGUUUGUAUCUUUAAUACAUUUGCAAAAAUUUCUAAAAACCUGUUUUUCGCUUUGUCAUUAUGGGGUAUUGUGUGUAGAUUGAUGACGAAAAAUAUAUAUUUAAUCCAUUUUAGAAUAAGGCUGUAACGUAACAAAAUGUGGAAAAAGGGAAGGGGUCUGAAUACUUUCCGAAUGCACUGUACAUGCAAGACCACACACACACAUGCACCCAUACAUUUACAUUUAAUCAUUUAGCAGACGCUCUUAUCUAGAGCGACUUACAAAUUAUAUUAAUGCUGUGUUGUCUCACUUUGUUUGUAGGCCGAGCUGCAGGGCCACUCCUUCUUCCUGUCCAUCAACUGGGAUGACCUGCUAGCCAGGAAAGUCCCUCCCCCAUUCAUUCCCAACCUGGUGAGUGUGUGUGUGUGUGUGUGUGUGUGUGUGUGUGUGUGUGUGUGAGAGAGAGUGUGUGAGUGUGUUUUAUGGGGGCUAUGGGUCAGUUUGACUUUGGGCAGGAUCUGUGUCUACCUGAAUGUGUGUCUGAUCACUCGUUCCCCCCCUCUCUCUUUCAGUCUGGUCCGUGUGAUGUGCGGUAUUUUGACGCUGAGUUCACGCUUCUUCCAGUCCCCGCCUCCCUGGGUUUGAGUGACAUGUCGGCCAAUGGAGCCUUCCCAGGGUUCUCCUAUAUGCCUUCGGCUGAAGUUGGAGUCACGGAGCCC